CUUUCAACACCCCUUCUUCUCUCUCCUCAUCCCACUCUCCUCCUUUCUCUCUCGUUAAUUUUACACUUUACACCCCUCUACCAUUUCAUGGCGGAAACCACCACCAAACGCCACCGUGACGCCGCCGGCGACACCCAAACUGAAACCCCAAAACGCCAUAAAAUAUCUUACAUUAACGAACAACAAGAAACCACCCAAGAGUUACUAGAUUUCUUCACCAAUCUCCCAUCAUCCGACCCGUUUCUUGAUUUCACCCAGUUACAACCCGGACCCGACCCGGAUACAAAUGGAGAAUCAGUUGAUGAUAAUAAUGAUGAUAAAAAUAGUGUUAUUAGACACCUUCUAGAAGCUUCUGAUGAUGAAUUGGGGAUACCCAGUAGGGUGGAUGAUAGUGGUGAUGGUGACGUCACUGGUGGUGAUGAUGACGUCACCGGUGGUGGUGGUGAUGGUGGUUAUGGGGAUUUUUGGUUGUGGGAGCUUGAAGAUGAGGCUGCUAAUUAUUACACUUUGUUGCAGAGUGAACUGUUUAUGCAAUAGUUUUUAAGUUGGAGGGUUAGAAGUGACUAAGUAGGGUAUUUGUGGGGGUGUGAAGGAAAGUUACUGAGUAUGAAAAGAAAAGGUUUUGGAGUUUUGGUUAUGGACCUUGUACUCUAUAAGAAACGCUGAAAUACCCCUCAAAUGUCUAUUUAGAUUUAGAAGUUAGAGAAGUUAGAACUUUAGGUUAUUGAAAGUUUAGAAAGAAAAGAAUGUGUAUUUCCACUUGUUAAAUUCUUUUUGUUUAUAUGAAAAACAAGCUAUUUUGCUUUAUUAAAA